CCUCUUCAUCACUUCAACAGACAACUUCUUUCUUCACUUCCCAAGUCUAUAUUCUGUAACUCUUUUGAUUUCAUCUCUGUGUUUGUUUGUGUUUUUUUUUGGCGGCUUCAAUGGCCGAUUCUAGUUCUGCUUCCCCAAGGAGAAUGUGGUGCUCUAUACCCGAAAGACUCCAGCUGCAUGGGGCUAUGCUGGCCUUGCAGUUUGGCUAUGCUGGGUUCCAUGUGGUUUCAAGGGCCGCCCUAAACAUGGGCAUUAGCAAAUUGGUGUUCCCAGUCUAUAGGAACGUCAUCGCUUUGCUUUUGCUCCUUCCCUUUGCUUAUUUUCUAGAGAAGAAGGAGAGGCCUCCAAUUUCUCUAAACUUUCUCGUUCAAUUCUUCCUCCUCGCACUUGUUGGAAUCACAGCAAACCAAGGAUUCUACUUGCUGGGAUUAGACAACACAUCUCCAACUUUUGCAUCAGCAAUUCAAAACUCAGUCCCAGCCAUUACCUUUCUCAUGGCAGCUUUACUCAGGAUUGAGAAAGUGAGGCUAGACCGAAAAGAUGGUAUCGCAAAAGUGGCUGGAACAAUAUUCUGUGUAGCCGGAGCCACAGUGAUUACUCUAUACAAAGGUCCAACCAUUUACAGCCCAAAGCCACCAGUAGUACUACAUAGCAUAACACCUGCACCUUAUGUUUCAACACUAGGAGAUGAAGCUGGAAAGAGCUGGACCCUGGGUUGCAUCUACCUUAUUGGCCAUUGCUUGACAUGGUCCGGGUGGCUCGUGUUGCAAGCCCCAGUCCUUAAGAAGUACCCCGCUCGCUUGUCGGUUACCUCCUAUACUUGUUUCUUCGGUCUCAUACAGUUUGUGAUUAUUGCUCUGAUUGCUGAGAGAGACCCACAGGCUUGGAUUUUUCACUCUGGUGGAGAGCUCUUCACUAUCGUCUAUGCGGGAGUGGUAGCAUCAGGCGUAGCCUUCGCUGUACAAAUAUGGUGCAUUGACAGAGGAGGCCCCGUCUUUGUUGCUGUGUAUCAACCUGUUCAGACUCUUGUUGUCGCUAUCAUGGCCUCCCUUGCUUUGGGUGAAGAAUUCUACUUGGGCGGGGUCAUUGGGGCAAUAUUGAUCAUUUUGGGAUUGUACGGUGUCCUGUGGGGUAAAAGUGAAGAAAAGAAGUUUGCACAGCAGGAAAAACCUUUGAUUCAGUCCACACCAGAGCAUGGGAACAACAGGACAACAAGCCACAUCAAGUCAUCCCUUGCUCAGCCACUGCUCCCACCUUCAUCAGAAAAUGUUUGACCAUCAUGUUCCUGACUUUUAACUACAGCUUUGCCUGGAGAGAGAGGCAAAAAAAGAAGAAAGAAGAAGAAGAAAGUACUACUCUAUAUCUGAAAGUUUGUGUGUGUAUGGAUUUUUUUUUUUUUUUUUCCUUUUCUUUUUUGAAUGGUUUUCUUAGUAGGAGAGAGAGAGAGAAAAAAAAGAGAGAGACUUCAGGGGGAUGAAUAUGAUGAUCGUUGUCACCCAUGUAGGGCCACAGGGCCUGAAAUUCCAUAUGCUUUAUAUGUUAAUUUAUGGUUUGAUUUACUAAAAAAAGGGUAUCCACAUUAUGAACCUAAA